AUGUUGACUGUGGUGGUACAAGUGGAGCUGGAGAGGGGAUCAGGCCCUAAGGAGACCCAUAGCCCUACAAUCCUUCUGGAGGGGCCCAAGAGCCUUCGACUUCUUCAGCUGGGGAACUUGGAGACUCAGGAAGCAGAGCAGGAGCUACUGGCACGAGUCCAAACAACACUGGCCUCUGUGGGCCAAGGGUACAGUGUAUCUCUGCUGCUCCGAGGCAGGGAGACAGAGGCCCCCCGAUUUGUGCCCCAGUUGCUGCAGAUGCUGUUUGAGGAAGCUCUGUCCCUCCACCGCUCUGAUCAUGUGCUUAGCACUCUUAGCCUGGUGCAGAUCAGCCCCAGCGGGAAGACGUGGGACCUGCUCUCCCCAGGGGUGGAGGACCUGUCGGUGCUGGAUGUGGCUCCUCUAGGCUUGGUGGUGGAACAUGCCAGUGAAGUGGAAGUGUCUGAYGCAAGAGCUGCCUCAGAGCUAUACUUACAGGCUGCAGGGGGUGAAGGCAGGGAUUGCCCCUUGCUGCGGGUGUUGGCGGGUGACGCUGUUGGUGAGAAGGUGGAGGGCUCUCUGCCCUGGAUUGUCUCAUGGCUUCUGGAAGGAAACAACUACAGUGGACUCCUUAUUCACCUGGACCCCCAAGAUGGAUGGGGCAAGGGCAGCUCCCUGCGUUUGCUCCAGGCUGCUUUCUUGGGGGCAUCAGGAAGGAGGAUGCAGAUGAAAGAGGUGAAGCCCACUUGGUGGGAUGCGGUAGAAGAGGCCUGGGCCCGCCGGGCUAGCCUGAGGACUCUGCGUUUGAGCCUCUUUGGGGACACCUUGACAGACAGUGGGCUUAGCCAGCUGGGAAGGGCACUGCGGGAGCUACAGGUGAUAAAAGCCUGGAGCCAGUGCCCAAGAAGAGGGACACCCAAAGGGGCUACAGCUGAGGCCGUGGGGUUCCCAGAACUGCAGGUCAAGCCUGAGCCACCGAAGUAUCCUAAGCAAGGAAGACAACAUUAUUCCCAUUUGUCAGAAAGAACAUCAUCUCUAGGGCCUGGUCUCCACCAAAAGCAUCCUCUCAGGAACUCUGAGGAACAGUUCCAGCAGGCCCCAGAUGUGGCUCUGCAGUUGCUCAUGGCUCAAGUUCGGAGGCAGAGAUUGAGAGAGCAGCACCAAAUUUGGAUCCAAGAGGAGAUAAAGCAUUUGGAACAGGAAGAGGUGGUACAUGAACAGGUCAAAGGCCUGGUGGCUGAAGAGGAGACCUGUGAGAAGAGGCCGAGAUGGCACCGGGAGCUGAAAGUACUGAGACUUCAGGUGGAGGCCCUGCAGGCAGAGCGGAACAUCGCAGAGGAAGACUUGGCAUUCUUCUAUGAUCUGCAUGGGCAGGCCACCAGAGCACAGACAAGCCACAUAUUACAGGUAUUUCGAGCCUGGCAGAGGCUGCAGGAAGAGCAGGCCAUGACCACAGAGCAUCAUCACCGCAGCCUACUGGCUUGUGUCCUGCAAGACAGCAUUGACCUGGCCUUGAGGAACCAGGAGCUCCAAGCCCAGAACCAGCAGCUUCAGCAGGGUGCAAUGAAGGGAGGGGCAGUCAGACUGGAUCUCUGCCUUAGGGUGAAACCUGAUGAUUAG